CCUCUACCGGACGUGACAUCACAGAAGAAGUUACACUCAUCAUUAAUUUUCAUCUGAAAUCUUUCACAAACAACGACGUGUGUUUAUAACCGCAGAAAAACAAAGAUCAACUGAUGAAAUGUCGCAUUUAACGACAAACCCGGCGGAUAAAGAGAGGUUUCUGUGCAUUUAUCCGUCUUACAUCAACAAUAAAAAGACUUUAGCAGAAGGCAGAAGAAUCCCCGUGGAGAAAGCGGUGGAAAAUCCUUCAUGCGCUGAGAUUCGAGAUGUGCUGACGGCAGCUGGUCUCAAUGUUCUUGUGGAGAACAAGAUGUAUCCCAGAGAAUGGAACAGAGACGUUCAGUUUAGAGGACGCGUGCGGGUGCAACUAAAACUCGAAGAUGGAAGUUUGUGUCAAGACAAAUUUUCAUCUAAGAAAGCUGUGAUGUUUUAUGUUGCCGAGAUGAUUCCCAAACUGAAGAUAAGAACGCAGAAGAGCGGAGGAGCUGACGCUGGAUCACAGCCGGGAGAUGCAGGGAAGAAAGGAAAGAAGAAGAAGAAGUAGAUGACGAAAGAUCUCUUCGGUUGAGAAAAGCUUGAAGGUGGAGAGUUUGGAAAUGACUAAACAAGAUCUUUUGACCCAGUCGUUUUGGUUCCUCUUUUGUUUAACGGAUGAAUAUUUUGUCAUAUUUGUUGGACUUUCUUCAGAGCAGAAUUUAAGGCAUGAUGUCUUCAAGAUGAAUACAUGAGUUUGUUGCACAGUGGCCUCUUGUGGAACUGAACGUUGUACAUCAGUUAAUUAAGUUAUGAGUAUUUUAUGAUCUAAACUGUAGAGAGAUGAUGUUGGUUAUUUCAGUUAAAGGAUGGAUUAUGUUUAAACGGCCACUGACAGAGCGUGUCAUACGUUUACGGGUCACUGCUUUCAGCAGACGUGUCAGUUUUAAGUCUCUCUGCUGGAGGAUCAGUGUUUUCACACUCCUGUAACAUGCUGUGAAAAAGCGGCUCAUGUCCUUCACACACAGCACCUGUUCAGUGCAGAAGAUUCAUUCUCCAUUACAGCUUCUGUUGCUUUUCAUCCGUGUGCUAAUGAAGGAUAAACAAACUGGACGUGAAAUAAAGAGAAUCAGACAGGA